UGUUAACAAGAAAGAUCGCCUUCGGCGCGGAAUAUCUUACUGAAGACAAGCUGUCGGAACAAAGCCCCUCCGAAGAAUCAAAGCAAUGAAAGUCCAGUAAUUACUUCCAACCUUGUUAACAUCAACGUACUCAUGGUAAUAAUUGGCCUGUAAACUAACAUGGAAUCCUUAUCGCUCCUCCUUCAGUCACCACAUAAGUGGACGUCGCAACAAUUCGAACUACUUCGACUAGUUCAGCAUAGUGACACUCCUGCUGCUAAUCUUAUUGAUCCAGAAUAUUUACCAGCAGACCAAGACGAAGAGUUCGAAACUCUACACGCAGAAUUCAUCGAACCAACCGAAGACGAUCUAGCGAAUUUCAGUUCUACGCGCUCCAUUUAUCGACGUAAUAGUUUCCAUUCCGUUUUCGCCAGACUAAAUGAAGCAAUGAGAUCACACAGCAGCUGGUCAGAAACAUCGAAGCAAGCUAUAUUGUUUCUUUGCGAAAUUCUCCUAUCUCAUAUCGAAGCAGCGAAAAACCUACGUAUGUCUACGAAAUCGAAGAUCCGGUUUGAAAUACUCUCGUCCAGAAUACGUGGCACGUUGGGUUGUGAUGGGACACUCAUAAGCGAGGCAGCUUCUCCGCAGCUUGUUGGCAUAUUUUCGGUCAAGAAAGAGAAUGAUACAUCAUACCUUGCUCGUUUAGUCUCCCAAGUCUUAUUACAGGGAGUCCUCGCCUAUGAACAUAAUAUGGCCGUGAUUGAUGAUCAUACGGCAUUCGUUCUGCGGAUGGAAAGGACGGUUUUGAAACUCACUAUGGCAAGGGUUUCUCCUACUUAUAUGGAAGAGCUCACUCAUGGAAAGCCUCUGAGUGGAACUUUCGAAGUCUUUCACUCUGAGCCCUAUGAUCUGUGCAAAAGAGAAGGGCGAGGAGAGGCAUUGAGGCUUAUAAUCGGGCUUUAUAGAUAUAUUAAUGCUAAAGGAAGGCCCUGAUUUAUAUCUAUAGCCUUCCUUCAGGAAUAUUUUGCAGCAAGGUUAUCUCGGCGUGACCACUUUGAAGGUAAUCGAGGAUACCGGUGCAGAAAUGCAAAGCUCCGGUCCUCCCCAUCUUUGUUUUCAAAUCAAAAGACUUCGAGCGUCUUACCAAUAGCUUCUCUGAUGCUGGAAAUGUCAGACGAUAGACGCGUAGAAGAUAUUCUGCACUGAAAUCUGCGGCAAUAAAUCUAAGGUAGGUUAGGAAAUACCA